UCUCUGUCCCAAGAAAAGCUUCAGGCUGCCUCAGCAGCAAACAGAGUCAAUUGUCAUUAUCUAUUUGUCUUCUCUCCACAGUCUGGGGACCAUGAAUAAAUCGGAGAUGUCUACUGUACCACACUUUGUUCUGCUGGGCUUUCCUGGUCCCUGGAAAAUGCAGCUCAUUCUUUUCUCGAUGAUUCUGUUGGUCUACAUCUUGAUUCUGACUGGGAAUAUGGCCAUCAUUUGUGCGGUGAGAUUUGACCCACAACUCCAUACCCCUAUGUACAUGCUCCUGGCCAACUUCUCCUUCCUAGAGAUCUGGUGUGUGACCUGCACAGUUCCCAACAUGUUGGUCAAUUUUCUUUCCAAAACCAAGACCAUUUCCUUCUCUGGCUGCUUCAUGCAGUUCCACUUCUUCUUUUCCCUGGGCACAAUGGAAUGCUUCUUCCUCUUUGUCAUGGCUUAUGAUCGAUACCUGGCUAUCUGCCGCCCGCUACACUAUCUGUCCAUCAUGACCCAGAGGAUCUGUGGCAUUCUGGUGUCUCUUUGUUGGCUCAUCGGUUUCCUUGGACAUUUAAUUCCCAUUUUCUUCAUUUCCCAAGUACCUUUUUGUGGUCCCAACCUCAUUGAUCACUUCCUGUGUGAUGUGGACCCACUGAUGGCCCUGUCCUGUGCCCCUAAAGCCAUCAUAGAGCAUGUAUUACACUCUGUGAGCUCUCUUAUUAUCAUCCUCACCGUUUUCUACAUCCUUGGGUCCUAUUCCCUGUUGCUCAGAGCUGUGCUUCAAGUCUCUUCUUCAGCUGGUUGGCGAAAAGCCUUCUCUACCUGUGGAUCCCACUUAGUGGUGGUAUCUCUGUUCUAUGGAACCAUAAUAGUGAUGUAUGUGACUCCCACAUCUGGCAAUUCAAUUGCUAUGCAGAAGAUCAUCACACUGAUAUACUCUGUAGUGACACCAGUCUUAAACCCUAUCAUCUACAGCCUACGCAACAAGGACAUGAAAUAUGCCGUCCAUCACGUCCUUUGUGGGAUGAGAAUUACCCAAAGCUCAUGA